AUGCAGGAAAUCACUCGUGUGAUCGUAGGCAUUCAAUGUUUUGCUGUAGGGUUAGAACUUCCCAAGCAUUAUUUCAAAAGACAUUGGAAAUCGGUUCUCUAUCUCCUAGGUCCAGUCAUGUCAUUUUCCUGGGCCAUCACUUCUUUAUUCGCCUACUUCAUUUUUCAGACCACUGUACCCACAGCUUUGAUAAUAGGAGCUUGCCUCUCACCAACUGAUCCUAUUCUCGCUGCAUCCGUCCUUUCCAAAUCUCAAUUCAGCGAAAGAGUUCCUCCACGUAUUCGUCAUCUUCUUUCAGCCGAGUCAGCAUGCAAUGAUGGAGUCUCUUUUCCAUUUCUUUAUAUCGGUCUUGUGAUCUUCACUACUCAUGGAGGUCCUGGAGAAGCUAUCAAGGAAUGGCAAAUCGACUUCUUCGAUUCUCAGAUACUCGCGAAUACAUAUCUAGACCUUGUUUUGUGGUAUUCUACCUUCUUCUUGCCAUGCUUUCUAUUGGCAUUGGAUCUAUUCUGGGUUCGGAUGAUUUUCCUAGUCGCUUUUGGUGCUGGAGUCGGUUUCGCCCACGAUGGAUGGUUUUCCAAAAAGACCAAGACCGUGGCUUUUCCAGUAAUCGUCGAUCAUCUACUGAAUUCUACUAUGUUCGCAUACUUUGGCUCCAUUAUUCCGUGGAAUCAGUUCCAACCAACAACCAUUACACCCCAUAUCAAACCUUGGACCCUCAUCCUUUUCCUCAUUCUUGUUCUUCUCUUCCGCAGAAUUCCAAUCCUUCUCUUGACCAAACCUUUUAUUCCAGAUAUCUGCACUUAUCGCGAAGCGCUCUUUGCAGGUCAUUUUGGACCUAUGGGCGUAGGCGCUUUAUUCCUUGCUAUAGAAGCAAGGGCACAACUCGAAACUGGUACAUCACUACCUCUUCCUAGGCCAAUAUUCCCCGACGAGCCAGGCCCCAUCAGCGAGGAAACAAAGGCCAUUUGGAUUAUAUGGCCCGUGAUAUGUUUCGUGGUGUUCGGAAGUACAAUGGUACAUGGAUUGAGUGUGAUGGGAAUUAGUUUAGGAGGUCACUUUUUGAGAAAAGAAGGAGAAAGAGCACCGUUAUUGGGGGAGACGCGGGGGUUAAGUGGGAUGGUUCAUGAAGGCGGGGGAGGUGAGAGUGAACCGGAAGUUAGUGGGAGUGAAGCUGAAUAG